GCCUGCCUGGCAUCGCAGCAGUGUGUGGCGGGUGACAGACGAGCUCACUCGCCGGGCGCAGACACUCUCUACCCCUUCGUCCACGGCCUCUUCGUGACUGCAGGGACGCGAUCCGCACGCGUGGACGUCGGCAUCUGAAGUGUUUUCCCUCCCCAGGUCAUCAUGCGCAGGCUGCUGGCUGGAUGCUGCGGCCUCGCUCUGCUCAGUCUCUCAGCGGCCCUGAACCUCAAGAUUACCCAGACGCCCCGGUUCUACGGCGUAAAAAAGGGCAGCAACUUGGGAAUAAUGUGUGUCUUGAAUCCACGCCUGCAGGCCACUGUGCGCUGGUACAGGGCUGAGUCGUACGAUCGGGACAAAUUGGAGCUGAACGGCGAGAGGAUUACACUCCGUGAGAGUAGCCUGACCAGAAAUGCAUUUCUCCACAUCCGCAACGUGCAAGGGAACGACAGCGGAGUGUACUUCUGCAACGUUGACGGCACAUGGGGGCCCGGAACUCAACUCGUAGCCAUGAGCACCAUGGACCGCUCCGAGGCCCAGUACCGGUCCAGGAUGAAGGAAGGACUCAUCAUCUUCCAGGCGCUGCUGCUGGCCGCGAGCAUCGCCGCCAUGCUGCUGCGCAAACGAAUGCGGUCGGAAAAGGAUGACAGCAUAUACGAGGAGCCUGAAGUUGAUCACAUCUAUGAGGGUUUGGCGAUCGAGACGUGUGGCGGAGAUCUGUACGAGGAACUCUCGCCGUACACUCAGGCCGACGGAGGCGACGUAGCCGAGGCGCCGUGGGAGUGAGGCCGACGCAACUGAGCUGACAAACCUCAACACCUUCACAACAUCUGCUCUUUACUGUACAUGGUACAGUUUGAAUAACACAUUCAGCCCUUAACCACACAGGUGUGAGGCAAUUUGAUUCUGGCACAGUGAGUAGUUUGUUCGCAAACUAUGGUUAUUCUCAAAUACUUGCUACAUAAAAAUAUGAUGUGAUGCGAUUCAAAGUCCACUGAAAUGUAAAUAAAUGAUUCUACACGUCCGUUGUUACAGCUGACAAUGGCGCAUCUAGUUUAUUAAUUGUGUUGUGUAUGAUUUCAUAAUGUCUCCUCUGACUUGACCGUUCAUUGUCUGUUCGAUCUUGUACCGACAGUAUGUAAAGAACGAGCUCACGACGCAAAGAGGAAACGUCACGGAAAUGUGGUGCGCGUCUGAACGAGGCCCUUUGCUUGUUUCUGUCGUUUGAUUAUGAUUUUUUGUGUUUGUCUUUUGUUUGGGAAACAGAAGUACUAUUAUCAUUAUUUGUAUUAUUUUAAAGUUUAAAGUUUACCAUGUUCAAAAAGGAAUUACUGUAAAUCAAACAAGGUGAGCAACAGAAUGUUCAGAAUCAACCAAUCAACAUAUACACAAGUGUAUAAAUAGGCAAUGAAGAGAUAAAUAGUCAAGGAAAUAAAUAAACAUUCUCAAUGUGAUGGUUGGUGGACAUUUGAAGUCUGUAUUGCAUAAAAGCAAUGAUAAUAAAUAAAAUCUGUAUUUUGUUUAUGCAACAGGAAUAAAACAAUAAACACUUUUCUAUUUG